GCUAUGUAAUCUGUAAGGACCGUAGGCCAGUAGUGGCCAUGUCUCCGGAUCUCUCGAAUUUCCCUCAGCACGCUCGAUCUACCUAUCUUUCUAAGUUUGAUUGGUUUUCGCUCCAGCUGACCUUUCCAUUUAAUCACUGACAAAACCUACCUUUCCAUUUUUCUUACCCUAUGAGCUUUCAGCAAAGGACAGAUUUCUUGGUCCAUUGACAUCGAUCAACGAAAUAGACCUCCUUCUUUCACUUUUGUCGUUGUCUUCCAAUUCAAAUAGCCCCAUUAAGUGAGUGUUCCGCGAGAAAAGAGAGGCUGACAUCUUUUCUUAUCUAUCUAUUUUCGUAAAUGAAGAAGAUAAGUGAGAGCUUACUGACUGCAUCUUCUAAGAAGGGCUUGGAAGAAGAAAUAGAAUCUCCUUUCUUUUUCGAGAAAAGGUCCCAUCCUUCAAUAUCAUGACUGGGUCGACCAGGCCAGAUCAUGACUGAAAUAUCAUGAUCGGGUCGACUAGGCCAGAUCAUGAGUGAAUAGAAAAUAGAAAAUGUACAUAGUAGUUCCAGCUGAAAUACUUGGAAUAAUUCUACCACUUCUACUAGGAGUAGCCUUUUUAGUGCUAGCUGAACGUAUAGUAAUGGCUUUUGUGCAACGUCGAAAGGGUCCUGAUGUAGUGGGAUCAUUUGGAUUGUUACAACCUCUGGCAGAUGGUUUUAAAUUGAUUAUAAAAGAACCUAUUUCACCAAGUAGUGCAAAUAUCUCCUUUUUUAGAAUGGCUCCAGUGGCUACAUUUAUGUUAAGUCUGGUCGCUCGGGUCGUUGUACCUUUUGAUUAUGGUAUGGUAUUGUCAGAUCCGAACAUAGGGCUACUUUAUUUGUUUGCCAUAUCUCCGCUAAGUGUUUAUGGAAUUAUUAUAGCAGGUCGGUCUAGUAAUUAAGGGGCGGCCGUUCGGUCGCCUAUGAUACUAGGACCAAUAGGUCAAAAAUGGGUUUGUGCCGCAGGUGUUGAACGAUCCACUCUACACAGGUGUGGGCUUACAGGGAUCAUAAAGCCUUUCAUUCAUCAAUAGGGCCUGGUCGGUCACUUUUAUGGGCCGGGAUCGAUAAGUGGAAUGGAAGUCAUAAAAAAAUAUCUUGAUCUUCACACCUCAGAUCAAGAGGAAGGGUAGCUUGUCAAGCUGGCCUAAAAUUUGAAAUAUUAUUAAUUAUUAUAUAUAUAAAUAUAUAUAAUUAAUAUAUAAAUAAAACGUUGUCUUUUAACCGGCUGUUCUUCUUUGUCAACGCUACUAAGGACCUAUAGGUUCGCAAUAAUUCAAAUUGGUUAUUUUAAAAAGAAAAGGCGCUAUUUAGCCCUACAUUAGUAGAAGUAAGCGGCUGAGUUAGCCUAGCCUACCCUAAAAGUGGUAUAGUAGGGUAUAGUAGGCGAGCGAGUUAGCGAAGACGCUUAGGCUAAUAGAAAAGAGAGCGUCGGUGUGUAGCCUUCAUUCUACUAUGCUAUGAAAAGGUUACGAAAUCACUUAGCUCGACGUUAGGAGAGUCAAGGGGGAACGCCAUACCUACAUAGAAGAACCGUUGUUCGCUGACUUUCUAAGGUAUAACCUUUCGCCCCCUACUAAAAAAGGGAAAUUAGCUUUGCAUCACUGAUAGACUACUUAAGAUUCAAUUCAAAAGGCCCUACUUAGUUUCGCAAGCCUUUGUCCUUGUCAGUCUACUAAGUAGGGCUUGAGGCCCCCUGUGAAUCCGUAAAUCUGAGGAGCAUGCCGCAACAAAAGGAUGGUCCACUUUGCAUUUCAUUCUUUCCGGAAGGGAAAAAAAAGAAGUACCCCCCAUCAUAGUGAACCCCUCCUUGUGAUCGGGAUGAGGUAGAUGCCUCCCAGCCGAGGGGCGGAUCGAAUCGGAGUUUCCUUAGGUAGCGACCGACCUACAGUUAUCCUUAAAAUUCCAUGCUUGGUAGAGAAGAAGCGAACAAAGGUACGCUCGCUUGCUGUCUUGUUCUCUGUCGCGAACUGGGAUCGCUCGCCAGCUAGGUCAGAUUGGAGCAACAUUGUAUGAGAACAUAUUACCCAUAUUCGGGGACAAGGGGCGAAACGACCUCUCGAUCUACUUACUGAAGCCCAGGAAGAAAAACGUCGUCUAGGCGUUACCUGUUGCUCCGAUCUCCCUUACGCCUAGGAUGUUGUCUGGGCCCACCAAGAGCCAUAGUUAGUUGCUGUUUCCAUUUGGUAGUUUUUUAUCGUUGUUGAUACCGGCAAGAGCCAGCCAGAUGAUGUCUGCUGGUUGGUAGUGAGAGGACUCUUAGUACCUGCAUACCCAAAAGGGGGCGCUGGUUCAAAAACAAGAAUUUUUAUCUUUCUUGCUCUCCCUUAGCAGCGGGAAAGGAGUCUAUCUAUCUGCCUAGCUUUGGUAGAUUU